AUGGAGAAGAGCCGGGAAACUUGUCCAAAAGUGGGCAGUGAGUUUGUUUCUGAUAAAAUAACUUUUAAGAUAGGAGAAGAUGAUGAUGAUGGGGUCCCCAGUCACAGCUUGGACAGGAUGGAUGUGAGGCGUGAACCAGGGGACCCACAGCACACGGACAGUGGGGAUGAGCGCCUGGAGGCCAGAGAGGCGGACUGUGCCUGUCCGCCCCCCGACAGUGAGGAUGACUAUGGUUCCCUGUUGUCCCAGUACAGCAGCACACUGUAUGAUGUUGCGAUGGAGGCCGUGACGCAGAGCCUUCUCUCUGGCAGGAACCUGAGCUCCAGGAAGAAGUCCCCAGCUUGGAAACACUUCUCCAUCUCUCCUCGAGACAGCACUAAAGCAAUAUGCAUGUACUGUAUGAAAGAGUUUAGUCGGGGCAAGAAUGAGAAGGACUUGAGUACCAGUUGUCUCAUGAGGCACGUGCGAAGGGCACACCCCACCGUGCUCCUUCAGGAGAAUGGCAGUGUGUCUCAUGUGGCCUCCUUCUCUUCUCCUUCACUGCUGCUUCCACCCCAGCCUGCAGAUGGAGGGGACCUCAGCACCAUCCUGUCACCCAUCAAGCUUGUCAAGAAAGCUGCCUCCAAGAUACCAUCCCCAGACCGCAUCACGGAGGAGUCUGUGUCUGUCGUUUCCUCGGAAGACGUUUCCUCGGAUAUGUCCAUUUCUGAGAAAUACAGCAGAGAAGAGGCCAUGGUGGGCUCGUCCCCACAUGUGCCCAGUCUCCACUAUGAUGAGGCUGUGGAGAGUGGCACAGAAAAGAACCUCACGGUUCCAAAGAGCACAUCGGGCUCCAGGAGGCGGUCGGCAGUCUGGAAACACUUCUACCUGUCGCCUCUAGACAGCUCCAAGGCUGUUUGCAUCCACUGUAUGAAUGAGUUUAGCCGUGGAAAGAAUGGGAAGGAUCUGGGCACGAGCUGUUUGAUCCGUCACAUGUGGAGGGCCCACCGUGCCAUCGUCCUGCAGGAAAACGGGGGUGGCACAGGCAUACCACCGCUGUAUUCCACACCUCCCACUCUGCUGCCACCUCUGCUGCCUUUGGACGGCGACUUCACUGCUGGCCCGCCGUCUCCAGGGAAGAUGAUCAGAGAGCCCACCUCAGCGUCUUCCUCUCCUGACAGGCUGCCCGAAGAUGUCCAGGCUCAUUUUAACCCUGGAGAUGCGUUCAUGGAGGACGUGUCGGCUCUGUCGUCUUCGGAGGACGUUGGUGACGCUUCUGUAGGGUCUUCUCCUGAGAAGCAGGGUGACGGCCCACGCCUUCGGGAGUUUGAAUCUGGCACUGUGUUUCAGCAGAACAAGAAGGUCAUGAAGAGGCUGAAGUCAGAAGUCUGGCAUCAUUUCUCCCUGGCCCCCACGGACAGUCUGAAGGCCGUGUGUAGGUACUGCGGCUGUGUCAUUAGCCGAGGGAAGAAGGGGGAUGUGGGUACCAGCUGUCUGAUGCGGCAUCUCUACCGACGCCACCCUGAAGUUGUUGGGAGCCAGAGGGGCUUCCUUGGGGCCAGUCUGGCAAAUUCUCCAUACGCCACCCUGGCUUCUGCAGAGAGCUCAUCCUGCAGGCCAGCUGAUGUCCCGACAGCAGCUGUGAAAGAUAACCGGGUCCCCUUUCCUGUUAACAGCAAAAAGACCUCAAAACUGUGGAACCAUUUUUCAGUCUGUUCGGCAGACUCCACGAAAGUCGUGUGUUUGCACUGUGGACGGACGAUAAGCAGGGGAAAGAAGCCAACAAACCUCGGAACCAGCUGCCUUCUGAGACAUCUACAGAGGUUUCACAGCAGUGUGCUGAAAACCAACACCUCGGAGACGCCCUUGUCCUCCUCCCCGGGGGGGCGCAUGCAGCUGAGUGCAGGGUUCCUGGGCACCUCGUCCUUCGAUGACACCAAUGAAAAGUUCUGUGAUUCUCACCCAGUUGCCAAAAAAAUAACAAGUCUGAUAGCUGAAAUGAUUGCACUUGACCUUCAGCCAUAUUCUUUUGUGGACAAUGUGGGCUUUAACAGGCUGCUUGAAUACUUGAAACCUCAGUACUCCUCACCCACCCCGUCUUAUUUCUCCAGGACAGCUAUUCCAGGGAUGUAUGAGAAUGUGAAGCAGGUCAUUCUGUCACAUCUCAAGGAGGCUGAGAGUGGCGUGGUCCACUUCACGUCUGGGAUAUGGAUGAGCAACCAGACGCGUGAGUACCUGACACUGACGGCUCACUGGGUCACGUUUGCGUCGUCGGUGCGACCCCGCUGUGAAGACCACCACUGCUCAGCGCUCCUGGAUGUGUCACAGAUCGACUGUGACUAUGGGGGCAACAGCAUUCAGAAGCAGCUGGAAUGUUGGUGGGAAGCCUGGGUGACAUCCAUUGGCCUUCAGGUUGGCAUCACAGUGACUGACAACCCCAGCAUCGGGAAGACCCUGAGUGAAGGGGCGCACCCGAGCGUGCAGUGCUUCAGCCAUACAGUGAACCUCAUUGUGAACGAGGCCAUCAAGAGCCAGAGGAUGGUUCAGAAUUUACUGAGCAUCGCUCGGAAGAUAUGUGAGCGGGUGCACCGGUCACCCAAGGCGAGGGAGAAGCUGGUAGAGCUGCAGAGAGAGUACGCGCUGCCCCCGCACCAUCUCAUUCAAGACGUCCCGUCCAAAUGGAACACGUCUUUCCAUAUGCUUGAAAGGCUCAUUGAGCAGAAGAGGGCCGUUAACGAGGUGGCCAUCGAGUGCAACUUCCGAGAGCUGAUCAGCUGCGACCAGUGGGAAGUCAUGCAGUCUGUGUGCCACGCACUCAGGCCCUUCGACGCCGCGAGUCGGGAGAUGAGCACGCAUGUGUCUGCUCUCAGCCAGGUGAUCCCCAUGAUUCACAUCCUCAACAGGAAGGUGGAGAUGCUGUUUGAGGAGACGAUGGGCAUUGACACCAUGCUGAAGUCGCUGAAGGAAGCCAUGGUGAGUCGCCUGUCCUCCACCCUCCAUGAUCCGAGGUACAUUUUUGCAACGCUUUUGGACCCUCGGUACAAAGCCUCCUUAUUCACGGAGGAGGAGACCGAGCAGUACAAGCAGGACCUAGUCAGGGAGCUGGAGAUACUGAAUUCUACCUCAGAUGACAGACCUGUUUCCAAUGGGUGCGACACAGGGUCACCACCUAAAGAUGCUAGUGGAGAGGAGAGCCUGUGGUCGCUCAUGGCCAAAAUGAGAAGACCCGACCUGAGAGAGAAGACCAAGCUACCUGAGGACAUGGUGCUUGCCUACCUGGAGGAGGAGGUGCUGGAGCCCAACUGUGACCCGCUGACCUACUGGAGCCUGAAGAAAGCAUCCUGGCCAGCCCUGUCGGCUCUGGCUGUCAGGUUCCUGGGCUGCCCCCCCAGCAUCGUGCCCUCGGAAAAGCUGUUCAGCACGCCCACUGAAAACAGUAGCUUUAGCCAGCCCAGGCUCAUGAUGGAACAUUUUGAAAAGCUGAUCUUUUUGAAGGUGAAUCUUCCCUUGAUAUACUUUCAGUAUUGA